GUUUGGGCUAUUACUGAAAAAGUUGAUGAUAUAUUGGAGAUUCUUACAUUAGCGCAUGAAUGUUAUACUAAAGAGCACAGUGACAAAUGUAUAUACAGACAAAUUAGUCAAGACGGUAGUAAUUUGCCUAUGAGUUUUGGAGACAAGGAGACAACAAAGUCUUCUGAGUGCGGAUUGCGUGACCCCCAGCUAGAUGAUGAGAAACUAAUAGAAAUUCACAAGAUGCUAGUUACAAAUAAGUUUACACCUAUUUCAAAGAAGUUUUUUCAGUCACUUGCUAAGGGUGGUUCCGAUUUCACAUUUCAAGUAUCCAAGAUCGAAUAUGAGUUCAUAAACCAUCCUACUUCGGCAAUUGUCAUUGGCAGAUCUGGGACCGGAAAGACAACAAGCAUUGUGUUUAGGUUGGUUGCCUCAUAUAUGGCAAAUAAGAAGAGACAAAUAUUUAUUACUGUGAGUGAUAAUUUGCGUGAUAUAGUAAUAAAAUAUUUUAUUCAACUUAAUAAGUCAGUUAUGAUUGCAGAUAUGAGCUAUAAAACUACGAUAAAAAAUUAUGAACAAUAUCUAGAUAUGAAUAAAAUUCCAAAUUCAUUCCGUGAUUCAGAGGAUGAACAUUUUCCUCUGUUUAUUACCUACAAAAAAUUCUCAGAAAUGCUUCUUGGAACUUUUGAAAUUGAUAUUCAAAAGCAGAUUAAGCAACAAAAAUUUGAUACUGACAGUGAAGAAGAGCUCUGUGAUCUUUAUAAACAAAAGUUGGAUUGCAAGCUAGUCUAUUCCGAAUUUUCUGUUAUAAGAGGUACGGAUCCCGAAAUCGACUAUUUAUCAAGGGAGGAAUAUAGGAAUAUUAGCAUUAAGAGAUAUCCAACGUUUUGUCAUAAUCGUAAAAAGAUUUACGAUUUAUUUUUGCGAUAUAAUGAAAUGAAAUCGCGAAAUGGUGACUAUGACCCAACAGAUAGAACAAUGUUUAUCAUAUGUCACGCCAAAAAACAUGCAUUUGGUUGUUUGCAAAUUAAUGAAGUAUACAUAGACGAGUGCCAGGACAAUCAUAUUGUAGAUAUUGCGCUUAUCCUGAAACUUUUCAAUAAUGCGAAUGUCAUCUUUUUAGCUGGAGAUGUAGCACAAUGCAUUGCAUGUGGAUCUUCUUUCAGAUUUCAAAGCGUACGUUCCUUGAUGUAUAUAUGGGAACUUGAUCGAUUUGAGCGAUCUCUGACAAAUUAUAAUAGACGUGAUGCUAUAAAUCUGAAACAAUUCGAGUUAAAUAUUAAUUAUCGCUCUCACAAUCAAAUUCUUCAGCUCGCUUCAUCAGUAAUUGACCUCAUCUGGUAUUUUUUUCCUGAUUCAAUCGAUAAACUUUCAUGCGAACAUAGUGAAGUUGGAGGUCUGAAACCUGUGGCCUUUAGUGAGGUUCGAGCUAAAGACCUAAUUGAUAUCUUUUAUAUAGAUGAGCAGGGAGAGCAUGAAACAAAUCAUAUAGAAUUUGGAGCUAGGCAAAUUAUUAUUGUACGUGACGACGAAGCUAGGCAACACGUUGAAAACCUAAUUGGAGAAGCUGAAAAAGUGGAAACAGUGUUUGACUGUAAAGGAAUGGAGUUUGACGAUGUUUUGCUAUAUAACUUCUUUACAAAUUCACCUGCAUGUGAAAAGAAGCAUUCUAUCCUUUGCUCUGAACUCAAACAACUUUAUGUCGCAAUUACUAGAGGCCGGAGGAGUGUUUGGAUAUUUGAUGAAAAUACUAAAUAUAGCGAUCCGAUGCGCACAUAUUGGGAGCAAAAAGAGCUUAUAAGAAUACGUAAGGACGCAAAAGAAAUUACCUUAUUUGCUAAAGAAAGCCGCUCUCAAGAGUGGGAUGAAGAGAGAAAGGAAUUUUUAGACAAAAAGAAUUUUAGACAGGCCUCUUUCUGUUUUAAAAAAAGUGGAAAUAAGAAGCUUUGUGAUUUAUUUGAUGCAUAUUAUCUUCAACAAAUUGCCAGAGACUCCGUGAACUUUUUUGAUAACGCAACAAAAAAAAAGAAUUAUACUUGUGCAGCUCAAGCCUUCAAAACAUGCUCAGAGACGUUUCUAGAAGCUCCAUGUUACGAGGAGGGUGAAAUAUAUGAAGAAGCUAUUGAUAUUUACAUCAAAUUAGAAGAAUAUGAUCAUGCUGCACGUUGCUAUCACAAGAACAAUAAUUUGGAGAAAGCGGUGAAUGUUUUGAAAAGGCAAAUAAAAUAUGUGCGAGAAGAAGAGAUUAAAGAAGCUAAAGAACUUCGAUCGCGUGGAAAAUUCGAAGAAGCUGCUAAUAUGUUCAUAAAUACUAUUAAAGGUUAUGAUACUUUUACCAAAUCAUUACAGUGUCUUUUAUAUCUAUGUAGAAUAUAUGCACUCAAUAUGAUAAAAGAUAGAAUAAAUUCUAAUGCUCUUGAGGAGUUAAAUAGACUUUAUAAAAAAGCAAUUAAUAUUAUUAAUAAAGCAAAAUCACAGAAAGGCAUAUCAGAAAAGCCUCAACAAUGGGAUAUCUUGAUAGAAGAACUCCAAUUAUAUGAAGCUUAUUUAAAUAAUAACGCUAAUCAAUUAUAUGAGUAUAUUAUACAUCUUAAAAAUCGCGAAGAUGUCAUCACAGAGUUUCGCGCAAUAACUAUUUGGCCAAAAAUUUCACAAGAAAUUUAUGAAAAAUAUCACUAUAGGUUAGAAUUUCUGCUUAGAUUAUAUAAAAUAUCAAUUCUUUUCAUGGUCCUUUAUGAUAAUGUUGGAAAAAACCACAAAGAUUUCGAAAGAAUUUUUGCUGUGAAUGCUGGGAAUGCAGAUAAAAAUAUCUUGCUCAAUAAUCCAAAUAAUCGACAAAUCUCUUAUGACAAUCUUCUUAUUCAUAUAAUUGACAAGUUCAAUUUAGGGAAGGGAAAAGUAGUUGACAAUUAUUGGUAUGUUUAUAAAAAGAAUGUUAUUUACUGUGCGAUAUCGAAAUCUCUUUCCUUGUAUAUUCAAGGUCACAUUUUAAAGAUUCAUGAGUAUGGUAAAGAGAUUCUGGCUAUAGCCUUUGAAAUAUGCAGAGAAUGUGCAUCCUCGAGUAUAUGUCAAAAUAAGGAUAAAAAAAGACAUCAUGUGAAACCAACACAAUUAAUUCUAUAUGAUUGUUUGAAAAUUGCAUUUAUUCAAUACGCUGCAAUAUAUCAAUUGGACGCGAUAAGAAAAGAGUUUAAAAAGUAUGAAAAUUUUAAUGUUUUGCACAAAUUUUUCAAUGAGUUUGAAGGGUUUAAUUCUAUGCAAAUAUUUUGGGAGAACAAGCUGAUUAGAAAUCAUUUUCGUUAUCAAUCUUCACAACUAAGUUGUCCGAAAAUAACUAAUUUGGUGAUCUCUGAAGUUUGUAAUAAUAUACUAUGUGACGGAUUUGAAAAUUUUAUACAUAGAAAAAUAUAUAACAAAUUUAGAGAUGAUGACUUCAACGAUUUUGCAAUAUUAUUAAAUUACCUAUUCGUUUUAAUACAACAGCAAAGUGAUAACUUGAUUGAGUUUUGCGAAAAUGCUUUAGCAAUUACAUACAAUUUUGAAGUAAUUGGUGAGAAACUUUUAUCAUUUAUCUUGUCAAUAUGUUCUAAAGAUACUGCACAUAUCGCCUUUAAUGAAAUAUUAGAGUUCAUUGGAUAUAUAGCUGAAAAUAAUAAAUCGGUUAAGUUAGAUUCCACUGAAGCAUUCAGUGAUCUUACUUCACUCAUGGAGCUCACAACUACUCUAAUUGUUGCAAGUCAACUAAAAAAUUCUGAUUUUUGCUUUCCUCAAAGUUAUUUAUUCAACUAUCUUAAUCCUUUCAAAAUUGACUUAUUUUCAAUUCAAUAUGAAGAAGAUGAAAAUGAAUUCAGUAUAAAAGAAUAUCUCGAAAAAUAUUAA